UUUUGUAAACAGUUGUUUUGCGUUUCUCUUCUGGUAAACUACUUGUAUUUUAUAAAACAACAAUACACGACAUCAUCAUCAUCGAGACGACGAUACGUUUUGUUAGGAUGUUUAUUUUUAAAAUCAAAAACUCGUAGUGGUUUUUUCGAUACAAACGACGUGGAUAAAAUAGAAACGGAAAAAGACGUGCGCGUAGAAUUUAAAAGAAGAAUUAAAUCAUCGCCACCGUCGUUGUCGUUGUCCUCUGAAGAUAGUUUAAACGUUUUAAAAGGAAUAAUCGUCGAUUUUUCUAUAUCAAAUGUUUAGAUUUAAACGACGAGAAACUUCAAUCUAUUGAAAAACGCACUCGAUCAACUCCGUAAGGACAUGGCUGUUGUCGAUGAUGAUCAUAACUAUCAUCUUAUCGAGGAUUUCGUUCGAUUGGAUCAUUUGGCGUCGUCGUCAUCAUCAUCGUCGUUGUCAUCGCAAUCUGGUGUAUGUGUAAUUCUAAAUAAAGAAGCAGAUGGACGAGUUCGAGUGAUUUUACGCAACGCCGAUUGUUUUAAAUAUUUUAAUUUUACAAAAGACACGGCAAAUUUGUCAAAAGUCGAGUUGAAAAAAGAAAUGACGGAUAUUAACGAAUGUAUAAAAUCUAUAAAUCAACUUGUAUCGAAUCCUUUAAAAUCGCACGCGUCCGAUGUUCAAAUGUUACUUAGUGGUUGUAAAAAUUAAAUUU